GGUGCCUCGGUAAACAAUUGUCAACAAAUGGGAUACUGACCUCUCCAUUUAAAGCGCCCUUGACUCCUCUCGUUCAGACCGUCAUCACAAAUCAUAUUCUUUGAAAUGGCAUAUCAGUACCACAACGACCUCCUUGCCCCUUACCUUGCUUUGCCCCAGGGCGACAAGGUCCAAGCUGAGUACGUUUGGAUUGAUGGCGAUGGCGGUCUUCGUUCAAAGACCACGACUGUGAGCAAGAAGGUCACUGAUAUUGGCCAGCUGCGCAUCUGGGAUUUCGAUGGUUCAUCCACAAACCAAGCCCCAGGCAGUGACUCAGACGUCUAUCUCCGUCCCGCCGCUAUUUUCAAGGAUCCUUUCCGAGGUGGUGACAACAUUCUUGUUCUUGCCGAGACCUACAAUAAUGACGGCACCCCCAAUCGAACCAACUACCGCCACCACACUAAGAAGGUCAUGGAUCUCGCAAAGGACGCUGCUCCCUGGUUUGGUCUCGAGCAGGAAUAUACCCUUUUCGAUGCAGAUGGCACGCCAUUCGGCUGGCCGAAGGGUGGUUUCCCCGGACCCCAAGGCCCGUACUACUGCGGUGCAGGAACUGGCAAAGUUAUUGCUCGUGACCUCAUCGAGGCUCACUACCGUGCCUGCCUAUACUCCGGCGUGAACAUCAGCGGUAUCAACGCUGAAGUCAUGCCCUCCCAAUGGGAGUUCCAAGUUGGCCCUUGCGAGGGUAUCUCCAUGGGUGAUCAUCUCUGGAUGGCUCGUUACCUGCUCGUCCGCAUUGCCGAACAGUGGGGCGUCAAGGUUUCCUUCCACCCUAAGCCUCUUGCAGGGGACUGGAACGGCGCUGGUUGCCACAGCAACUACAGCACCAAGGCCAUGCGUGAGCCUGGAGGUAUGAAGUACAUUGAUGAGGCCAUCGAGAAACUUUCAAAGAGACAUGCUGAGCACAUCGCUGUCUACGGCGAGGACAAUGACCUCCGUCUCACUGGCCGUCAUGAGACUGGCCACAUCGGAGACUUCAGUUCUGGUGUUGCUAACCGUGGUGCUUCCAUCCGGGUGCCAAGGCACGUUGCUGCCCAGGGUUACGGAUACCUAGAGGACCGUCGCCCUGCUUCCAACGUUGACCCAUACCGCGUGACUGGCAUUAUCGUAGAGACCACUCUUCUUGACAAGUAGAAGUUUUUUUUCGCUGUACUUUACUACAUCUGUUUUUGUUGGGACGCAGUCGAACCAAAAAGUGACUGCUUUUUACACUCGGGAAUACCGCAACUUAGGUGCGUUACUAAUGGAAUGACUUCGCUCCGUGGAAACAAACAGCUGUUUGUUAGUAAGACUACCACUAGUCAACCCUUGCAGAUCUCACGCUAUAAAUAUUAUCCAACCAAGGAUCAUUGGAGUGUUAAUGUGCCCCCAUUCUUAGGUACUUGUGGCAUGCUGGAGCUUGGAAGGGUAAAGCGUGCAUAACAACAACAGUCCAUUUUACAUCAAAUAUUUAUAGUCUUGUUACAGAAUAGCUAUAGGCACGAGCUGAAUUUAUUUAUUUCGUUUGU